UUCUCUUCAAAAGCCCAGCUUCCACUUCUAGGGUUCCUUUGCUUUCAAUUCUUCCUUCAAAAUAUUAUUUUUAUAUUCUUUUUCUCAAAAAAGCAAUAAACCCCUUUUCCUUACCGAUCUUGUCCUCUCUCUCUCUCUCUCUCUCUCUCUCUCUCUCUCUCUCUUUCUUGCCGUAUGCCGAGUUUACAGAACUGAAUUGUAGUUUCCUUCAUCAGUAUCAAAUUUUCCAACAGCUUAUUCAGGAACAAACAGGGAGAAAGUUUAAAGAUGGGUUAUUUAUGUGAUUUUUGUGGAGACCAGAGGUCAUUGGUGUACUGUCGCAGUGAUGCUGCAUGCUUAUGUUUGUCGUGUGAUCGAAAUGUUCAUUCUGCUAAUGCCCUAUCUAGGCGUCAUUCGAGAAGCCUUCUAUGUGAGAGAUGUAAUUCACAACCUGCUUUCGUGAGGUGUGUUGAAGAGAAAAUUUCGCUUUGUCAGAACUGUGAUUGGUUGGCUCAUGGUAGCUCACCUACUUCUUCGACACACAAGAGGCAAACAAUCAAUUGCUACUCUGGCUGCCCUUCAGCUGCAGAGUUUUCUUCAAUAUGGUCCUUUUUCUUAGAUAUCCCUUCUAUGGGUGAAGCAUGUGAGCAGGAACUGGGUUUGAUGAGCAUUAAUGAGAAUGGCAACAAGAGUGAUUUGGUUCCUCCAGAAGGGACAAAUGUGUCUGGUUCAUCUCAAGUGACAGAUCUACCCACCAAGGGUAAAUUUUGGGCUGGAACAUCUUCAAUACCCGUGUCAGACUCAGAACCUCGUAUCCUGGACCAGCUACCUGAACCUGGGAAUGAAUGUAUGCCCAAGUUGAAUUGUCCUGGGAAAAAAAAUUCUGGGAUAUGUGAAGAUGAUAAUCUAUAUGAUGAUUUCAUCAUGGAUGAAGUGGAUCUAGAACUUGAGAACUACCAGGAACUUUUUGGGAUGGCUCUCAGUCAUUCGGAAGAGCUUUUUGAAAAUGGUGGAAUUGAAAGCUUAUUUGAGACAAAAGACAUGUCUGCUAGUGCUGGUGAAUCCCACUGUCACGGUGCUGUUGCUGCUGAGGGAUCAUCUACUGGGCUGGUCAAUGCUAUCCAACCAGCAUGCAGCAAUGCAGCAUCUGCAGAUUCAAUGUUGAGUACAAAAACUGAACCAAUUGUUUGUUUUACGGGAAGGCAAUCUCAAUCAAACAUUUCUUUUUCUGGUGUUACCAAAGAUAGUGCUGGUGACUAUCAAGAAUGUGAUGCUUCUUCAAUGCUUCUCAUGGGAGAGCCUCCCUGGUGUCCUCCUUGCCCUGAGAGUUCCCUGCAUUCUGCCAACCGUAGCAAUGCUGUAAUGCGCUAUAAGGAAAAGAAGAAGACCCGGAAGUUCGAGAAGAAAGUAAGGUAUGCCUCUCGAAAGGCUAGGGCCGAUGUCAGAAGGCGUGUGAAGGGCCGAUUUGUUAAAGCCGGUGAUGUCUAUGACUAUGACCCUUUGAGCCAAACCAGAAGCUACUGAGUGUACAACUUUUAACCAUGUUCUAUAAAAGGAAAGGAACACUCGUAAAGAAAACAGUAACUCUUACCUGAAAAAAUGGAUGAAAUUGAUACAUUUUUAUCCAUGCAGUGACAAACUGUCUGAUUUGAUCACAGGGGCAUAGAUUUUCUGAAAGGAGAAGAAGAUUGUAAGCAGGCCCUAUUUCAAUGAACAGACAGUGUAAGCUCAGGAGCAGGUUGUGUCCUUCACUGCAAUGGACAUCCCCAGUUGCAAUUUCUGCUUACAUGACAGCAUCACAAACUGCCUUCAGGCAAUGUGUCAUGAAUUUUGAUUGCCCUUCUGUUUAACUUGGCAAAUCCUGCUUCUUCAUUCUAAUCUAAUGCAAAAUUCUUUUGGUCCUUGGCCUUGAUCUUGCUCAUAGUUUGUCAUAUUUUAUGUCAACUCCUCACUGAUCCUAAGUCACAUGUACAAGUGCCUAUGAUGGCAUGAUAAGUGGCUCAAUUUGAUAAAUUCUAGACAAUGUUCUACUCUGUUGUAGGCUGUAAUAUUUUGUCCCUCUCUUUUUGCCAUGUAUUGUGCAGAAUAUACAUGUGUGCAGCUAGAGGUGUAAUGGCCCAACAGUUCCUUAGGUAUGACAAAUUUUAAAUUUGAAGGUUUUUUAUGUAUAGAAUAGGAUGCUGCUAUUUAUAAUUUUGAUUACAAAACUUCAUUGGAGCUGUACAAUGUAUUCAUAAAAAGUUUUGUUUGUAUUUUAUUCGAGUCAUUGAUACAUUUCAACUA